AUGGCGGACUCGGCUCCCGCGCCCUCCCUGCGGGCGGGCGGCCCCCGCGCGCCCCGGCCCUCCGCGCCCUCGCCGCCCCCCGGCUCGCGCUCGGGCUCCGAGUCCGAAGAGGCCGAGCUGUCGCUGAGCCUGGCCCGCACCAAAACCCGCUCGUACGGCAGCACGGCCAGCGUGCGGGCGCCGCUGGGGGCCGGCGUCCUCGAGCGCCAUGUGGAGCACCGGGUCUGCGCCGGCGACACGCUGCAGGGCAUCGCGCUCAAGUACGGAGUCUCGAUGGAGCAAAUUAAAAGGGCAAACAAACUGUUCACCAAUGAUUGUAUAUUUCUGAAGAAAACUUUGAACAUCCCAAUUAUAUCAGAGAGGCCUUUGCUGUUCAAUGGACUUAACUCAAUAGAUUCUCCAGAAAAUGAAACUGUUGAUAGCAGUUUUUCUCAUGAAGAAGAGCAAGUGGCGACUGGGGAAGACCUCUCUCCUGCCAGUCCUCAAGAGUCUGAUACUCAGCCUGUGCAGCCUGAGGAAGUAUCAGCCAGAGAUUUCCUACAGAGACUAGACUUGCAGAUUAAGUUAUCAACACAGGCAGCUAAGAAACUGAAAGAAGAGAGCAGAGAUGAAGAAAGUCCCUAUGCAACUUCCCUCUAUCACAGUUAGGUAGUGAUCAGGGGGCAUAAUCAAGCCUGGAUUAAGAGAUCGUUGAAUCAUAAAGAAACCAACAACUGAAGAUUCAAAAGCAUCCCUUUUGGAUUCUCACAGUGUACAUUUUUAAAUCACAGUUAAGAAGUUCUACCUAUUACGAUUGCACUGAAGUGAUUAGUCCCUGCUGGCUUUCUAUAAUUUGAAGUCUUUAUUAUGGCAUGAUAGCAAAUUGUAUCCAAAAGCUCACCACUUUUGUAGGUGGUGGUAGUUUUUAGACUAGCUUUUGUAAAUACUAGUUGAUAUAAAGCAUCAAAGACUAUUUACAUAUGCAAGCUAAAAACAAUGUUUAUCUUCUGAGAAGUCCUAAUUAUGUAAAAAACUGGUUGCUGGUUGCUGGUUGUGUGAUGCUGAUUUUGCUAUGUGUUUAUAACUUAAGUGCUAUAUAUAUAUAUUUCGGUAUGUAUUACUUUUUCUGUAUUAAUAUGAAGAACCAAAUUUUGUUUGCUAUUUUGUAAAAAUAAACUACAAGAGUCUGAAUGAGAAAAUAAACUAUGUUUUCA